AUGCUAUCUUGUAUGAUGUCACAUUGUAAUACUAUAGUAUAGUAAAAACUACAGGACACUAAAAUAUUACAAUAAUCUUGGUACUGCAUAUAUGUAAAAUGAUGUUCGCUGUAUUUUCAUUGGGAAGGUAUUUUAAAAUGUUCCUGAUGAUAUUAAUUUGCGCACCAGCAUCAUUAUGUUGGAGUGAUGGUGCAGAAUCGGAGAGCAAGAGUUUUAAUUCAACAUUGCGUUGUAGUUUAAUUGACACAUCUCCGAAAUGCAAAACUUUAAGAGCGACUCUGUUUUCAAUCUAUGGAAUUCCUUCAGCAGAAGAAGACGACUUUUUUAUGGAUAAAUUUUUCGAGCGGUAUCGUCGAAGUCCUGGAUCGGAGUUUAUAAAGAAAGCAAGCUCGAGAUUUGACGAAAUUGUUCAUCGUAAAAAGGUGAAAGUAUAUAUAUCGAAUGAAGAGGAAAAACUUAAGUUACCGAUUGAGAAGUUCAAAUCUCGGUGGCGAUUUUAUAAUGGUAGAUAUGUUGAACUGCCAGUUUGCGAAACAACAGCAUCGCCAAUCGACCCGGGACCCCCAACCACCCCGCUGCCUAACCUUAAAAGAAUCAUACUCACAAAGCAACAGAAAGAAAUGUUGUUAUUCGAGCACAACAAGGCAAGAAGAAACGUCGAUCCAACAGCGACGAAUAUGUUGCUGAAAACAUGGGACGAGGAAUUGGAAUGGGUGGCUCAGAACAAAACGGAUUCGUGCAGUUUUAGUGAAAGGAAUGCGUUUCACCACGUAGGGAGCGGAAAACCUGCAAUAGAUAUUGUGAGGCACAGCGAAAUAAAUGCAGAGAUUGGUUUUAAUUGGUUUGCCUGGAGAAAUACAGGAGGUUUGCCGAAUAGUUUCGUCACAGACGUCAUGGAAGCGUGGAUGUCAGAAAAACUUUAUUACGAUUAUGAAGAGAGGACGUGUUCUUCAGUUUGCCGACAUUACUUACAGGUAAUAUGGGCGGAAACGUUUAAACUGGGCUGUACUGCUUCAUGCUGCCGAAAAUAUGUCAUCAAUGGAGUGACGUGGACGGAUACCACUCUACUGGUUUGUGCAUACGCACCGCGCGGCAACGUAGUAGACUAUACGUCAUCAAAAGCGACCGGGUUUUCUUACACCACACCACCAAAAACCCGACACCCUUAUAAACGUGGAAAGUCAUGUUACGACUGUGGGGGUUAUCUUGAAAAAGGUGAAAACGCUACAGUUCUGAAUGCAACCAGCCAUAAUCCAGCCUUUGGAAACACGAAAGAACCACCAGAUACUUGUGUGGACAAGUUAUGCACUAACACCGAUCGGGAUAAAAAGAUCCCAUUUAAAACACUUCCUUAUCCGACAAGCACAACGUUUCCAUGGACAACCACCAUGACAGCAAUGACAACAUCCUCACCAGGCAUACCUUGCGUCAAAGAGAUCGAAAUACAAAUAGAUGAUGGAAGUUCAGUCAAUAUCACGAUUCCCUCCUCUGCUGGCCCAGGGCAGAGAAAUCCAUCGUUCUUCGUUUUCGCAUUCCUUUAUUGGCCACUGUCAGUGUUUCUGUCAUAUUUUUUACGAUAAAAAAAUCAUAACAAAAUGCUUGUGACAUGCUUACUGCGACAAAGGUGUCUGAAAUUUGAUGUAUAUUGUACAGUGGAGGAAGACGGGACACCUUUANCACAAAAUAUUCAAACAUCCUGAUCAGGUUUUAAACAAUUAACAAGGGUAUAUCGUGGGGAAACGGUUUUAUAAUUCUUUAAAUGUUUUUUGUUUACUACCAAUUUGGAAAAAAUAUAGAAUGAAAACGUGUCCCAUCUUUCCCCACCCCCCAAAAAAUUUAUUUAACUAGUAUAGAUGCAGAAGUAUACCAUGAGCGUUUCUAUUUGUUGCUUCUAAAAUAUACGAGUUCAUAAAAAGAUAAAAAGUUUAAAGUAAGGACUUAUGCAACAUUUGCAUUGUAUUAUGAACACGCGUUAUGAAAGCGCAAAGCUGAAAAUUGAAGAUUGCAUUAAAGUAAGAAGCACCAAAAAUAAGAAUACAAGGUACAUGUUUGGUAGAAUUCGUCUGAACAUUAUAGUCAUACAAUAUUAUGUUUGAAUGUAAGAAUCUGCUGGCAGCGUAACAAUGCAUUAGACUGAUGCAUUAAUUUAAAGGAGAAGAACGCCAACUAACAGUUAAAACCAACAUAUUAAUUUAUGGU